GUACCACCGUCUGUAGCACCGUCUGUACCACCGCCUGUAGCACCGUCUGCAGCACCGUCUGUACCACCGUCUAUACCACCGUCUGUACCAUCGUCUGUAGCACUGUCUGCAGCACUGUCUACAGCACCGUCUGUACCACCAUCUGUACCACCGUCUGCAGCACCGUCUGCAGCACCGUCUGUACCACCGUCUGUAGCACCAUGUGCAGCACCGCCUGCAGCACCGUCUGUAGCACAGUCUGUAGCACCAUCUGUAGCACUGUCUGCAGCACCGUCUGUUGCACCGUCUGUAGCACUGUCUGCAGCACCGUCUGUACCACCGUCUGCAGCACUAUCUGUACCACCGUCUGUAGCACCGUCUGUACCACCGUCUGUAGCAUCAUCUGUAGCACCGUCUGUACCACCGUCUGCAGCACUAUCUGUACCACCGUCUGUAGUACCGUCUGUACCACCGUCUGCAGCACCGUCUGCAGCACCGCCUGUACCACC